GUUUGCCGUAGCGGUUUAUCGUACAUAGUGUAAUUGAAGUAAACCUAAUUUUUAUUUAAUUACUAUUAGGUGGGCGUUACUUUUAGUGUCGAUCAUCGACUAUUAUUAUUGGCAUGUGACUUUGAUGUUACCUGCGCGCGGCAAUAUUCGAAGUUUGCGUCCAAAAACGGCAAUUGUGUAGAUGUAUCCUUCGUUUUCAAUUUCUCAUCUACUCCUUUAAACUAGAAUGGCCCGAAACAGGAGAUCAAGCGAAUGUUGUUCAGCUUACUGUUUGAAAUCCACUCUUUAUAUUUUCAACAUUAUAUACCUGCUUGCAGGACUGGCAAUCGUAGGUGUGGGAGUAUGGACAAUAGCCGAUAGAUAUAAAUAUGUCGAACUGUUAUCAACAGUAACGUAUCCCGUCAUAACCUACUUUUUACUGGGAGCAGGAGGACUGGUGCUGCUUGUAACCCUUAUGGGCUGCUGUGCCAUUUGGUUCAAUAAUAGGCCGUACUUAAUUUGUUACAUAUUUUUACUGUCGUUUAUAUUUUUAACCGAAAUCAUGGUAGGGGUACUGGCUUAUAUCUAUCAGGAGCAAGUCCAAAAUGAAUUGGAAUUAAAUUUGAACACCACGUGCCUCAGUAACUACAGAAUAGACGAACAGAAAACGGAGGCGAUUGAUUUUCUUCAGGAGAAAUUCCACUGUUGCGGGGUCCUCAGCUUUGAAGACUGGAAGUAUAGUGUCUGGAGGAAGCAGAAUUUGUCAGGUGAUAAUUUAGUACCAGACUCGUGUUGCAAGACGAUCACGCCUAAUUGCGGUGCUAUAAUCCGCCCUUCUAAUAUCAACUACAAUAGCUGCUUAACUAAAAUGGCCGAUCAUAUGCGGGGCCAUUUAUUUAUCUUGUGCGUGGUAGGGUUGGGUAUUUGCUGCAUACAAAUAUUUGGCAUUAUUUUUUCUUGUCAACUUUAUUUUAAGUUAAAAGAUUAUCUUGAUUAUCUGUAAAAUAAAUUUUAUGUUAAAACUUU